AUGCCGGCUUGGUCAUGUGAUCAGCUGUGUCCAAUCACAGCUGAUCACAUGUACACUGAUCAUCAGAGCACUGAUGAUCUGUGUGCCCUGAUGACCAGUGUAUCCCCAGCAGUGCCACCUGUCAAUGCUCAUCAGUGCCAUGUGCCAGUGCCCAUCAGUGCCACAUCAAUGUCACAUAUCAGUGCCUACCAGUGCACAUCAAUGGCACAUAUCAGUGCCCAUCUGAGCUGCCUUUCAGUGUCACCCAUCAGUGCCAGUUAGUGCCACCUAUCAGUGCCCGUCAGUGCCGCCUAUCAGUGCCAGUCAGUGCCGCCUAUCAGUGCCGCCUAUCAGUGCCAGUCAGUGCCGCCUAUCAGUGCCAUAUAUCAUUGCUGCCUUUCAGUGCCCAUCAGUGAUGCCUGUCAAUGCCUAUCAGUGCCACUUACCAGUGCCUCCUCAUCAGUG